UGGCCUCUUCGCAGCCGCCGUAGCCCUGCAGGAAGUGAGUUCUCCAGCAGUGCCGUGCUGGUUCCGGUGCCGGUAGUGUUCCUGUGAGACACUGAACAGCUGUCACCAUGAGUCGCAGUUAUAACGAUGAGUUACAGUAUCUGGAUAAAAUCCAUAAAAACUGCUGGAGGAUCCGCAAGGGCUUCGUGCCCAACAUGCAGGUGGAAGGAGUGUUCUAUGUAAAUGACCCACUGGAGAAGUUGAUGUUUGAAGAGCUGAGGAAUGCAUGUCGAGGGGGAGCUGCCGGCGGAUUUCUUCCUGCCAUGAAGCAAAUCGGAAAUGUGGCAGCUUUGCCUGGGAUCGUUCAUCGAUCUAUUGGGCUUCCUGAUGUCCACUCUGGUUAUGGCUUUGCUAUUGGAAAUAUGGCCGCUUUUGAUAUGAAUGACCCUGAUGCCGUUGUAUCGCCAGGUGGUGUCGGAUUUGAUAUUAACUGUGGAGUCCGCUUGCUGCGUACAAACCUCGACGAGGGUGAUGUGCAGCCAGUAAAAGAACAGCUUGCACAGUCCAUGUUCGAUCACAUACCUGUAGGCGUGGGAUCCAAGGGAGUCAUUCCCAUGAGUGCCAAGGACCUUGAAGAAGCACUAGAGAUGGGUGUAGACUGGUCCCUAAGGGAGGGCUAUGCAUGGGCCGAAGACAAAGAGCACUGUGAAGAGUAUGGCAGGAUGCUGCAGGCAGAUCCCAGCAAAGUGUCAUCCAAAGCGAAGAAAAGAGGCCUUCCCCAGCUAGGGACUCUUGGAGCAGGAAACCAUUAUGCAGAGAUCCAGGUGGUGGAUGAGAUUUAUGAUGAGUAUGCUGCAAAGAAAAUGGGCAUUGACCACAAGGGGCAGGUGUGCGUCAUGAUUCACAGUGGAAGUCGUGGGCUUGGGCAUCAGGUUGCAACAGAUGCCCUUGUUGCUAUGGAGAAAGCAAUGAAAAGGGAUAAGAUUGUUGUAAAUGAUCGACAGUUGGCUUGUGCCAGAAUUCACUCUAAUGAGGGGCAGGACUAUCUCAAAGGCAUGGCUGGCGCUGGCAAUUAUGCGUGGGUCAACCGUUCCUCUAUGACAUUUCUCACUAGACAGGCUUUUGCUAAAGUGUUUAACACAACUCCCGAUGAUCUUGACAUGCAUGUCAUAUAUGAUGUGUCUCACAACAUAGCCAAGGUGGAACAACACGUGGUAGAUGGCAAGGAAAGGACGCUGCUGGUACACAGGAAGGGAUCUACUAGAGCUUUCCCUCCACACCACCCUUUGAUUGCUGUGGAUUACCAGUUGACAGGUCAGCCUGUGCUUAUCGGUGGCACCAUGGGAACCUGUAGUUAUGUCUUAACCGGUACUGAACAAGGAAUGACUGAGACAUUUGGCACCACCUGCCAUGGAGCUGGAAGAGCUCUGUCUCGAGCAAAAUCCAGACGAAACUUGGACUUCCAAGAUGUUCUGGACAAGCUUGCAGAUAUGGGAAUAGCAAUUCGUGUGGCAUCUCCCAAACUGGUCAUGGAAGAGGCUCCCGAAUCUUACAAGAAUGUGACAGAUGUGGUGAAUACCUGUCAUGAUGCUGGGAUUAGCAAGAAAGCUAUCAAACUGCGUCCUGUAGCAGUUAUCAAGGGCUGAAGAAUCCAAGGCUCUGUUAUCACUACGGACUACACUAGUAACUCUGUCUGACAUUAAGGCAUAGCAAGUCAGCCUUCCAGGGAAGGCAAAUUGACGAUGAGCUCACCACCCAAAUACUUGGGAAAAAUCAGUUUCAAAAUUAUUUAAUUUCUUUUCAAUAACCUUUGGGAAAAAGUUCAUUUUCAAUUACCAUUUGUGCAGAAUCACCAUUAUUUUGACUUCAGUGUUUGCAUUUUGAUUAUGUUGCUGAAAAUCUUUAACUGGUUGAAUGCAUCUGCACAUGCCAAAUAAAUUCAAAUUGCAGUAAA